UUAGUGGGAACUGGGAAGGAAAGAAGCAGCAGCUUUUUGAUGAGAAUACUUUAUCUAUUUUGGGAUUUAAUUUUCAUAUAAUAAAUUUAAUUAUGCUUUUAUUUGUUUCAUACACAUUUCAUGACUUUUAUAAAAUUGUCUCGACAUAUUGGCACAAUUAGAUGUAGUUCAUCACAUAGACUGAUAGACAAUAUAUGCUAUUUGGUUAAAUUGUUUUUUCAUAUUAGAAAUUACAGCAGAAUUUGUAAAUUAUUAUAUAUCUAAGUAAAUAUAAAAUGUGAGAGGAUACUAUAAAUUUGAUAUGUAAGAGCAUAAGUGUCCUGAGUAUUUCACUAAUGAAAGUGAAUUCUUGUUAUCCUCAUUUACAUCCAUAAUGUUUGUAAGAUUAUAUAAUUAUAAAAGUUCUGCUACUGUUGAAAGUCAAGUCAACUAGUCAAGUACUCUCAUUGAUUCAUCAACCUUUUUUCCCGUUUUAUCUUCCAAGGAAGUUUCAUUGCUGAAUUUAUAACCGAGCUUGCCAUUGUGAUUUGUGAAUCAUUCUAUCAUUACAUUGUUCUGCAUUUACAGGGAUGGAAAAUCGAGCUUCAACUUCUGGGACCAUGUUUACUAACUACGAUAUCUUUCUGAGUUUCAGGGGUGAAGACACACGUCAUGGAUUCACAGGUCAUCUCUAUGAUGCUCUCUGCCGCAACGGAAUCAACACCUUCAUCGAUGAUGAGAGUCUCAGAACAGGAGAAACAAUUCGACCUCAACUCCUUCAAUCCAUUGAAGCCUCAAAGAUCUCCAUUAUUGUUUUCUCAACAAACUAUGCAGCUUCAACAUGGUGCCUUGAUGAACUCGUUAAGAUCCUGCAAUGUCACAGGGAAAGGAACCAACUUGUGUUUCCGGUCUUCUACAAAGUAGAGCCCUCAGAUGUACGGCAUCAGAGGAACACUUACAAGGAAGCCAUGGAUGCUCAUGAAAUCAGGUUUGGUUGUCACUCUCAGAAGGUGAAAGAAUGGAAGGAAGCUUUGGCAGAAACAUCCAACAUGAAAGGCUUUCAUUUGAAACAAGGGUAUGAAUUCAAGUUUAUUCAAGAAAUUGUAAGCAAGGCAUUGACUCAUAUACCUCCAAGACAAUUACUUAUUGAGGAUCGUAUGAUUGGAUUGCAAACUCGAGUUGUAGAAGUGGAGUCACAUCUAUAUUCAUCGUACAGCACAUCUAAGUACAAGAUAUUAUCCAAUAUCAAAUCACCCAAACCAAAGCUCUACAAUAACAAUACCAUGUUGGGGAUUGUUGGAAUUGGUGGGAGUGGAAAGACGACACUUGCCAAAGCCUUGUAUAACUCCAUCUGUGGCCGGUUUGAAUGUGCUUGUUUUCUUUUCAAUGUUAGAAAAAUUUCAGAUCAAGAAGAGGGCCUAGUACGUCUACAGCAAACGCUCCUCUCAAAGUUGCUUGGGGAGGGGGAAAUCAAGGUCCGCAGUGUCGAGGAAGGAAUCAGUAUGAUCAAAGAGAAACUUAGCAAAAAAAGAGCUCUUAUUGUUCUUGAUGAUGUUGAUAAGAUAGAACAAUUAAAAGCAUUUGCAGGAGAAUGUGAUUGGUUUAGUGACGAGACUCGAAUUGUUAUGACAACAAGGGAUAAAUAUCUUCUAACAGCUCAUAAAGUCGAAAAGAUUUACAAGAUGAAAUUGCUAAGUGACCCUGAAUCUCUAGAGCUCUUCUGUUGGAAUGCCUUCAAAAUGACAAGGCCCGAAGCAAACUAUGAAGGCCUAUCCAAUCAAGCAAUACAUUAUGCCCAGGGUCUCCCAUUAGCCUUAAAGGUUAUAGGCUCUAAUUUGAUUAAUAAAAAUUUAAAAGAGUGGAAGUCUGCUUUGGACAAAUAUGAGAAGAAUCCUCCUAAAGACAUUCAAAGUGUUCUUAGAGUAAGCUAUGAUAGUCUUGAAGGCAAUGAAAAGGAUAUUUUUCUUGACAUAGCAUGCUUCUUCAAUGGGAAGAAAUGUGAAUAUGUAAAAAAUGUAUUAGAUGGAUGUGGUAUGUUUACAGAAGAUGGUAUUAGAAUACUAGUUGAUAAAUCUCUCUUAACUAUCAACGAUGGUUACUUGAGGAUGCAUGAUCUAAUACAGAAUAUGGGUAGAGAGAUUGUGAAGCAGGAGGCACCAAAAGACGUUAGUAAACGCAGCAGAUUAUGGUUUCAUGAAGAUGUUCUUAAGCUACUAACCGAAGAUAAAGAAAAUAAAAAAAUUGAAGGAAUAAAGCUUGUUCAAUGUGAAGAAGAUGAUUGGACUGAUACUGCCUUUGUGAAGAUGAAGCAACUUAGAAUUCUCAUUCUUCGGAACACAAACCUUUCAUGUGGGACUAUUCAUCUACCUAAGCAAUUAAGGCUACUUGAUUGGAGGGGGUACCCUUCAAAUUCUAUCCCAUCGGACUUAAAAGAAAUUGUUGCCUUCAGUUUGCGUCAUAGUCCUCUGACGUUGGAAAAGCCGUUUCAGAACUUUGGGCAUUUGACUUACAUGAAUUUCUCCCAUUGUGAAUCGAUCACUCAUUUUCCUAAUGUAUCUGAAGCCCAAUGUUUAAGAAAGUUGAUACUCAAUGGAUGCAUAAACUUGGUUAGGUUUGAUGAAUCAGUUGGAUUUCUCCCAAACCUUACAUAUUUGAGAGCUUCAAAGUGCAUUAAGUUAAGAAAGUUUCUUUCAAGAAUUUGUUUGCCUUCACUAGAGCACCUUUCCUUUAACUGGUGUAGAAGACUUGGACUCUUCCCAGACAUAGUGGGAAAGAUGGAUAAGCCACUAAAGAUUUGUUUGAAAGCUACUGCUAUUCAAGAGCUUCCAGAUUCCUUUGUUGAUCUUGUAGGACUUCACUAUUUAGAUUUGACAAGUUGCGAGAAACUUGGUUAUCUUCCAAGCUGCUUAUUUAUGCUGCCAAAUUUUGUCACAUUGAAAGUUGGAGGAUGCCCUCAACUUGGUGGAUCGUUUGCAAGAUUCAGAGAAAGCCUUUCAACUAAUGCAGAGUGCCGUCCAAGUUUAGAAACUCUACAUUUCAGCCAUGCAAGUUUAUGUGACGAAGAUCUUCAUGUAAUUAUGCUGAGUUUUCCAAACUUGGAAGUCUUAAAUGUUUCAUUAAACAACUUCGUGUCUAUUCCAGCAUGCGUUCAAGAAUUGUCCUACUUGACAAGUUUGGAUUUGAGUUAUUGCCUAAAUCUUCAAGAAAUUCCAAAACUUCCCUCUAGUGUUAGGAAAGUGGAUCUGAGACACUGCGAUUCCUUAAGUGCAAGCACCACAAGUAUGCUAUGGUCACAGGUGCGCGAAGAGAUAUAUAAAUUACAAGUUGUGAUGCCAACUUCCAAUACAAAGAUUCCAAAAUGGUGGGACGAUCGUACAAGUUGGAAGCACGAUCCACAGGACCUGAAUUUCUGGGCACGUGGCAAGUUCCCAGUUGUGGCUUUGGCGUUUGUGUUUGGAGAAAUGAACUAUCAAUCUGUUGGGCUGGACUUGUCCAUUGACUCUGGGGAUGUAAACUCUACAUACCAACCAUCGCAUAAUUUCAGAGUUGCUGAAAAUCAUGUGUUGUUGUGCGACCUACGACUAUGGUUCAGUGAUGAGGAGUGGAAGAGACUUGAUGCACAUGUUGAGCAUGGUAACACAUGGAAGACAGUGAAGGUGAGGUGUGUACCAGACAUCAUCCCAGUUCAUUGGGGAGUGUAUGUUUACAAGGAACAAACAAGCAUGAAAGAUGUCCAAUUUCAGGAUUGGGAGGCGGUUAACUUGAGUUGGACAGAGCCUUCUGUGAAGAAGAGAUUAUCUUCUGCUGAGGAACUUUACAUUGCUAGCUUCUCAGAAAGCCUCAAAACUGUGGUAAAAAAUUUGAAGCGGCUUAUGGCUCCAAGAGAAGAGCAAAGCUUUUGCUUAAUGCAACAUGACAGAGAUAAGGACAAAGAUGAGGCUGAGGAUGAGGAUGAGGAUGAGGAAGGAGAGUCAGACAUGGAAGCCUAGAGGCUGCUUAGGUUCCCCAUAGGAAACAUGCAAUGAGUUGACACUGUACUUGGUCAAUGGUCAGUUUAGUUUUGUUCAAAUAAUUUGUAGUCAUAAAUUAGCUUUUAUUCUUCACGUUGGGUUAUUAAAAUUUGCGUUUUCUCUGAGAACUAUAUAUUUAGCUUCAAAGUGGUGUUUAGAGGAAGGUGCCAAGAUCCUCGAGUGUCAGAAGCAAAAGGGCCAGCAAAUAGAGCCAUCGGAUGUACGGCAUCAGAGAAAUAGUUAUAAACUUGGCAUGGCUAUUACUCUGAGAAGUGCAGAGGUGUUACAUACAUAGAUUAAAUGAACCAAUGUGUAUUAGAGACACUGAGAAGCAUAUAUAGAUUCUCCACUCAAAAGAAGAAAGCUGGCAUGCUCUGGUUACUACUUACUAUUAUCAGCCAGCUAUGGCUUGAUGAUGGUGAAUUGUUAUGAGUAGAACGAGAGUGACCAAUUCUCUUAUUCUCCAUAGCUAACCAGCCAGUCAGUGCAAAUAGCCACCACUCCAGCAAUUAAUUUUUAGAUUUAUUCAAAA